AUGACUAGAAAAUUGAAUCCUCUCCCCCACGGUGUCUACGUCCCCACCGUAGCAUUCUUCAAACCCGACGAAGAGGUCGAUAUUGCAACUGUCGAGAAACACGCCACCUAUCUUGCCCACAGCGGGGUAACUGGUCUAGUAACCCAGGGCAGCAAUGGCGAAGCCGUCCAUCUAGACCGCGAAGAGCGCAAUGCCAUCACAGCCGCCACACGCCGCGCCGUCGAUGCAGCAGGGUAUAGCAGCAUGCCCGUGAUUGCGGGGUGCGGUGCCGCUUCGACCCGUGAAACCAUCCACCUCUGCCAGGACGCCGGUGCAGCAGGUGCCGACGCUGUCCUCGUGCUCCCACCCAGCUACUACAAGACUCUGGUGAGCACCGAGUCCAUGCAAGCCCACUUCCGUGCUGUAGCCGAUGCCUCGCCCGUCCCCCUUCUCAUCUACAACUUCCCCGGCGUGCAGUCCGGUCUCGAUCUCAGCUCCGAGGAUAUCUUGACUCUGGCUGAGCACCCCAAUAUCAUCGGAUGCAAGCUCACGUGCGGUAACACGGGUAAGUUGGCUCGUGUUGCGGCGGCGAACCCGGAUUUCUUGACUUUUGGUGGUUCGGCCGAUUUCACGCUACAGACGCUUAUAGUUGGUGGGGCGGGGAUUAUCGGUGGACUGGCUAAUAUGAUUCCACGCUUGUGUGUGCGGGUGAUGGAACUGUAUCGUGCUGGGAAGGUUCAAGAGGCGCAAGAGCUGCAGGCUGUUGUUGCGCGUGCCGACUGGGCGGCCAUCAAAGGUGGCUUUGUGGCUGUUAAGAGUGGUCUUCAAUCCUAUCGUGGGUAUGGUGGUCUUCCUCGAAGGCCCUGUGUAGUGCCCUCUGCUCAGGCCGCGGCAGCCAUCCAGGAAGAAUUCCGGGAAGCGAUGGAAUUGGAAAAGUCGUUAGAGACAGUCUAG